GUCGAUGUUUUUUCCAGAAGGUUUGUCGAAAUUAAACGACAGUCUCAUCUGAUAAGUGGAAGUGAUAACUGAGGAGUACUUUAAACUGAAGAAAGAAAUUUGUUUUGCUGCACUUGGUUUGGACAUUGACAUUUUAAUUAGAAAAUAUUAAGAAGGGAAACCAACAAUAAAUAACCUACUAACUCAAACAGAACUUUUCAAAAACCAAAAAAAAAAUGACUUCUGUACCUUUGCCAACGAUUUUAAAAUUCUUAAAUGACAACAACAACUAUAUGGUGGAUCAGAAUGUUGAGGCUCCGGCUCAAAGAGCUAAGAAACGACGGCUGGACCAUCUUUCUUGGGAAGAGAAGAUUCAAAGAAAAAAAUUAAAGAACAGGGUAGCAGCUCAGACGUCGAGAGACAGAAAGAAAGCUAAGCUUGAACAGAUGGAAGGUGCUAUCCAACAAUUGUUUAAUAAAAACGAAACUUUGAUAGCUGAAUGUGAAAAAUUAAGGGCAGCCAACGAGAGAUUACAAGCAGAAAAUGUAGAACUGCACCAGCGACUGCAGGUGUCUGCAUGCCAAAACUGCCACCAAAAUCGGUCUGUCGUGUGUGAGGUCGAGAGCGGAUCAGCAGAAUCCCUCCUUCGGCCGAAAGGAACGACCACACACUCAGCAGCGCUUUUGGGCAGCAGCAACAGCAUCACCAAAACAGCCCUGUUGAAAAUGGUACUAGCUUGCCUUCUCUACCGGACCUUCUCGAUGAACUCGAAUCAGACGUUGAUAUCAACGCCCUUGAACAACUCACACAGUCUUUGCUCGAAGAUAUCGCCAGAGACUUGGAGACUGCUGCUGAAAAGGCAGCUCAUCAAAUAUGUUGACCAAUAUGUUGAUAUCGUUGUAAAUGUGUCUUGCAUUACAAGGAAUCAACCGUUGAUAGAAAAGAUAUUCCAAGAGAAAUGGUGGGGUCGGCACCAGAACAAUUGGAACCCAGUCGAAGUGAAGUGCUAGACAAUAAGGAAGAACAAGAGCCAGCCGUUUCAGAAUUUUUGCUUCACCACAACUACGCGGCCAAGCCCAAGUCACGUCCAGAAAAAAGCACUAAACGCCAUAGGAAAUCGCAGAUUGGCACCAAGAAACUGAAACCC